AUGGCCACAGGAAAUGCUAUUGUACUCGACUCGAUGCGUCGGUUGUACAAAGUCUAUGAAGAAACCGGUGGAAAGGAAUUACAAAUUAAAGAUCAACUCGAAGAAGUCACAGGAAAGAACAUUUUCGAAGCCAACAAAAUUCUUCUCGUAAGAAAAUUAGAUUUGACAAGAGAAAAAAUCAAUGAACGUGAUGAAGCCAUGAAAAAGAACAAGAACAACACUCGUGUCAUUAAAUUGAAUCAAAACAUUAAAAAGAUGCUCCGAUACUUGAGAAAGGAUUAUCAAAGUUUGGAAAAUAUUCACAAGAAUUCAUCCAAGAAACGUUUCUUUGGAAAACAACCUGAUCCAAGAGAAAUGGCUCAACAACAAGAAGAUUUAAAACUCCUUCUCGCACACAUUUCACAAGUUGAAAAAUUAGACAAACGAAGAUUUGAAGAAGAAUAUGAUUCUCAAAAUAAUGAAAAGAGAAAACAAUUAUUCUCAAUUAAUGAAGAUGAAACUGAAAAAAAGGGACAACCAUCUUCACUCAUUUCUGAACACUUGUUGCAUGAGGAGGAUCUUCCACAAGAUGCUCGUGAUUAUGGAAAUUUACCAAGAAUUAAUAUUGAGGAAAGUCUUACGCAAGUGAGCAUGUAUAAAAAACAAAUGGAUCAAGGUCUUGAUAUGUUCAGUAAGAAAAUUGAGAAACUCAAAUACAUUUCUGAAGAUAUGAGCUCAGAAUUGGACGAACAAAACAAACUGUUAGGUUCCAUUGGUGACAAGGUCGACGAUGAAAUUGAACAUCUGAAACGACUCAAUGAAAGAACGGAUCAAGCCAACAAGUUGGCCAAUCAAUCAACAAAGAUUUGUCUCAUCUUGCUUGCAGUGAGCAUUAUUACCGUCAUUGUUGGAGGAGUGACUGUGUGGUUGGUUUACUUUUUCGUUCCAGGAAAAUAG